GGGAGGCAAUGAUAAGUUCAGCAGCCCCGGCCUCGUAUAUUGGGUGGGAUGAGCUGGUGGUUUCCGGCGAGAACGUACGUCGAGAGGUCCGUUAUUAUUUAAGGCGGAGCGACGGCCGCGGGCCGGAUCUGGUCGUCGUCGGGAAGGAGAAGUGCCCAAACCGGAUGUAUUAUUAUGGGAUUAGAGAUAAGAAGUAUUUGCUUUCGCCCUUGAAGUAUUCUUCUCUCUUGAAGCUCAGGUCCAGAAGAGAGGUCAUUGAUUGGCUCAAUUCAAUCGUUACAGGUGCUAAGGGUGUAUUCCAGCCGAGUGUGUGAUUGCUGAAAUAUUUCUACAUUUCUCUCCGACGAAAGAGGAAAUACAGGUUUCAGGAAAGAGUUCUGAAUUAUAUUUGGAGAAUUCCACAUGAUGUAAGUCAGAAUCGUUUUUUUGAACAGUUUGAUGGUUAUAUGGAAAACAAAGGUACCCACAAGUUGGAUGCUGAUAUUAUUAAGGAUGUUCAACUGCAGGAGCCAGACCUUUAUACGGUGGAAUUUAUGUGGUUGGGGUCAUCAUGGACUUGCCGGAAAAGGCGGAAGCACUAUUUAUCAUUUUGCCGCAAUGGUAUUAAAAUAUCUGUUCAUGACUUUGUUUCUGUAUUGGCUGAAGAAGAUAAACGACUCGUGGCUUACUUAGAUGAUAUGUAUGAAGAUUCCCGUGGCAACAAGAUGGUUGUGGUACGAUGGUUUGACAAAAUUGAUGAGGUUGGUUUUGAUUUGCCUCAUAACUAUAAUGACAGAGAGAUUUUCUUUUCUCUUUGUCUUCAAGAUCUCAGUAUCGAAUGCAUUGAUGGACUGGCAACCGUCCUUAGUCCAGAGCAUUACGAGAAAGUUUUGAAGGCAGAAACAACUUUGCUGCUGGUGCCAUUCGUUUGCUAUAGACAGUCUGAUAAUGAUGAUAUCAAGCCAUUUGACAUAACACGACUUAAAGGUUACUGGAAACAGGAAAUACUUAGAAAUAUUUCUUCUUCUUCACCGUUUGGAACAUCCGAUGAUAAUAUUAAGGUAGAACGAACUCUUAGUGAUGCGGUUGGAAGUAGAUCCAAGAAGAGGCUUCAAUGGUCCAAAGAAUGUGAGAUAUACUUGCAGCCUGCUAAGAAAAGAGCGGUUAUUGAUGCUAGCCCCAAAGAUGACAGUGGUGGUUUCAUCAGUUCUGAAGGCUGCACUCCUGUCUUCUUAUCAUGGCAAUAUCCAACGAUGUUAAUGCGCACGCAAUGUUUGGCUGUUGGUUCUCAAGUUGAAGUGCUUUCUCAAGAUAGUGGCAUCAGAGGUUGCUGGUUCAGAGCUUUGAUCAUCAAAAGGCACAAAGAUAAGGUCAAAGUGCAGUAUCGAGAUAUCAAGGAUGCUACUAAUGAUGCGAAAAAUCUGGAGGAGUGGAUUUUGGCAUCCCGAUUAGCUAUGCCAGACGAGUUUGGUAUUCGGAUUUGUAGGACCAUUGUUAGACCUGUGCCCUUGUCUAACGAGGGUAAAGUUUCUUUGGUAGUAAAUGUUGGAAGCAUCGUUGAUGCUUGGUGGCAUGAUGGGUGGUGGGAAGGCAUUGUCAUGAAGAAAAAAAUGGAGAAUAAGCUGCAUGUUUAUCUACCAGGGGAAAAGCGAGAGAUGAUCUUCAGUCUAGAUGACUUAAGGCAUUCACAAGAAUGGAUUGAAAAUGAGUGGAAAGCUAUCAAAGAAAGGCCGGAGGUAGUCCCAAUAUUAUCUGGGCUAAGAAGAAAGCCACAUGUCGGAACAUUCUUUCCUGUAAAUCCUGAUGCUGCUCCAUAUGUCAAUGGAGAUCUUGCUAAUACCAAUCACAGUGAUGCUUUGGCUAUACAGAACCUAGUUGGAUGUGACAGCUCUAUGAUUAGUAGCGAUGAGGAGCCAAAUGGGGUGGCAAGAGACCUCUCAAAUGAUGAUUUGCUUUCUCAGUUAAAAUGGUUGUCUUAUGGAAAGAGAAGGCGUGGUAGGGAUCCCGUUCACAAAGUCCAUUAUGGUGUUAAUAGUAAUGAGAAGUACUCAGCCAUGAGGACUUUAAAGAGAUUCUUUGCCCCAUCAUCUUUGAAAGUAGAUCCAGAAAAUUGUAAAUAUGUCAAUGAUACUCUCUUUAAUUCAUCUGUUGAAUCUCCAGUGACAAGCCUGGUUAUGUCUAGGUGAUUUCUUUUCAAUGGGAUAGUUUAACUUCAUCCUAAUCCCUCUUUUGGCCAAAACAAAGCGAGUUUUUGUAGGAGUCAAGCAGUGUAUUUGUGUAAGAAGUUUAGGCUCUAGAACUAGGUUUCAGAAGCGAGGCAGCAAAUAGUUCGCCCCUUUCCAUAAAUAGGAGAUUAAUUGCCUGUAUUUGGCUCAGUUUCUGCUGAAAUCCUUGUUACACUGAUUUAUAUCAAUGAAUAUGAGAUUCCUGGAUC